CGCAGCACCUCUGACAGAGAGACAAGUAACAAAUCCGCCAGUCUGUCUCUGCUCUGUUGGAUUGUUGUACAGACGGGCGGUUAUACACAGGACAUUCGUUCGCUCACUUCCAAUUGAGUGCACAUACCCAACGGGAAAAUCUUGUAUCUUAUUCUUAUGUUCAAGUACGGAUUAUAUCUCAGUUGCGAACUCACAACAGAAGAAAUUAUCCUACUUCAAAUUCCCCAAUGAUGGCGACUACAGCGGACAGAAGAUCCAUUGGGAUCAUUGGCAUGGGUGACAUGGGGAAGAUGUAUGCUCAGCGUUUAAGCCAGGCUGGUUGGAGAAUCAAUGCAUGUGAUAGGCCUACAAACUAUGAUGCAUUAAAACAGGAAUUCGCGUCUGAUCAAAAUAUCAAUAUACUCCCGAAUGGGCAUUUAGUCUCCAGAAUUAGCGACUACAUUAUCUACAGCGUAGAGGCGGAAGCCAUUGACAAAAUUGUCGCGGAGUACGGACCAUCAACCAAGGUCGGCGCAAUCGUGGGCGGCCAGACAUCUUGCAAGGCCCCUGAGCUUGCUGCUUUUGACAAAUACCUGCCCGACGACGUAGAAAUCAUCUCAUGCCAUUCCCUUCAUGGCCCCAACGUCAACCCCAAAGGCCACCCUCUGGUCCUGAUCCAACAUAGAGCGUCAGAUGAGAGCUUAAGAUUCGUCGAGAAGAUCUUCUCGACCUUCCAAUCCAAAUAUGUUUAUCUCAGCGGCGAACUACACGACAGAAUCACAGCAGAUACCCAGGCGGUAACGCACGCCGCCUUUCUUAGCAUGGGUACAGCAUGGCAUGCAAAUAACCAGUUCCCCUGGGAAGUAGCCCGUUACGUGGGUGGUAUCGAGAACGUUAAAAUUAAUAUAACACUGCGAAUAUAUGCAAACAAGUGGCACGUCUAUGCGGGACUGGCCAUAUUAAACCCAGCAGCAAAGAAGCAGAUCCGCCAGUAUGCGCAGUCAGUGACAGACCUGUUCAAGCUGAUGAUGGGCGGGCAUCGGGAGGAAUUGAGAGCUCGAGUGAAGACGGCCGGGGCGGCGGUGUUCAAGUCUGAUACCAUGCAGCAUGAUCUGUUAUUAAGAGAUGAUGUACUUGAUCGAUUUUCCCUGUCCAAGGGGAAUUCGGAGAGGAUGCCUAACAACCAUUUAAGUCUGCUGGCCAUUGUGGAUUGUUGGUGGAAGUUAGGAAUUGUUCCAUACGAUCAUAUGAUUUGCUCGACGCCUCUCUUCCGUCUAUGGCUGGGAGUAACGGAAUAUCUCUUCAGGAACGAAGACCUCCUCAAUGAGGUCCUGGAUAUCGCCAUUGACGACAAUACGUUCCGCUCUGAUGACCUAGAGUUCACAUUUGCUGCACGGGCUUGGUCCGAAUGCGUCUCCUUUGGUGACUUCGCGUCAUACCGCGAUCGUUUCGAAAAGAUACAAUCAUACUUCUCUCCUCGUUUCCCAGAAGCCGUCAGACUGGGUAAUGAAAUGAUGAAAACUAUUUUGGAUAAAACGACCAUUAAAACCACUACGAGUUCCUCCUAAAAUGAGUGAGACGACAUCAUGACAUCACCAUAUGAGAAGCCAACGAGUUCUUCAUGAUUCCGGGAACUUUUUAUUAUUAUCAUUCUUAUUUUUAUUUUUUCUCAUUUACGAUGAAAAAAUGAAAUAAAGGGGAAAUUCGGUAAACCUUUUAUCCAUUUGCUCCCAUGUCUUCACCAGGCGAGGUGCAGAAUGAUAGGUUUUCGGGCAGGCUAUCAUUUUUAUAUCAAUACUUAUACGAUUCUUUUUAAGGGAUCCAAUAUCGUCAUCUUGACAUACAGUUCCACGCUUUCGGGGUUUACAUCAAGUUGGGUCCUUUUUUUAUAUAUAAUUUUUGAGAAACUUUCUUAGCGCUUCCAGUGUAGCAUCUGCACAGACCACUCACUAUACAUUAAUGGAGUAGUUAUGUGGAGACUCAGAU